AUGAGCUCGCUCGGCUACACCUCCGCCUCCUCGGACUCCGACGACGAUGUCUUCGAACAGUUCGGCAUCCCCGUCGCAACUCAAACCCUUCCCACCCCGCAGCUGCAGGCUCUCCGCAUCCGUGACCACAUCCUCGUCACGUUGGAUUGUGAGAAGGAGAACUACGGCAUCUGGAGCCGCCAAUUCCUCACCGCCCUCUCCAAGUUCGGGCUUCGGGAUCACAUUGACGGCUCCCCCGCCCAGGGCACCUCUGACUGGGCGCUCAACGACUUCGCCAUCGUCUCGUGGUACGACGCAACGGUCACGGCCUCCACUCUGGCGAUCGUGGAGCCGCGCAACGCCACCGCCAUCUCUCUUUGGCGCGCCAUCCGCAGCGUCUUCCGCGACAAUCGCGACACGCGCGCCAUCUACCUCUGCGACGAGUUUCACGGCUUCAAUCAAGGCGACCUCUCUGUCGUCGAGUACACCUCCAAGAUGAAGGAGAUGGCCGACAUGCUUGGCGACCUUGCCUCUCGCGUCCGUGAUCGCGACCUCGUCCACAACGUCCUCCGCGGCCUCAACGAGCAGGUGCAGCACGCCGUCCCGCACGUGACGCGCGUGUGA